GUUUUGGAUGCACCGGAACUUCAGGAUGAUUUCUACUUGAACCUGGUUGAUUGGUCCUCGCAGAAUAUGCUCUCUGUCGGCUUGAACACCUGUGUGUAUUUAUGGAGUGCUUGCAAUAGUCAGGUAUGGAUGUCUUGCUCCGAUGACUCAUGUAGCUUGGUACAUCUGUAUUGCUUACCAUGCAUGUGGUUGGCUUUUUGGAGUGAUCACGCCUGA